UUGUCCUAUCCGGUAGCCGUACCCGCUGAAAACAGAUUUAUACGAUGGCGAGUGCGAAGUGCUGCAACGAAGGCCCUUCUAAAGAAGGAGGUCCUCCUGGCAUCCCUCGUCUUUCAGCAGGACCGGAAGAGAAGGGAGGCAGAGUGAAAACUAAGACUGUCUCUUCCAGCACGGCAUCAGGGGACAGUCUGCGCAAGCGCUCUGCUGAUGAGAUCGACCAAGAAGAUGAGUCUAAAAGCAAGCCAGCACCAUCUAAAAUAUCUAAACUGGGGUUUAGCAUGAUUGCGAAGAAACCUACACCAAUCUCUAUCAAGCUGGGAGCAAAUAAACCUAAAGAGCCCACACCUGCCGCACCUACCAAGAAAGCUGGACUUGCAUCUGUUUUUAAUGAGGACGAUGAUAGCGAGCCUGAAGAAAUGCCACCUGAGGCAAAGAUGAGAAUGAAGAAUAUUGGCAGAGAAACGCCCACAUCUGCCGGACCCAAUUCCUUUAACAAAGGAAAGCAAGGAUUCUCAGACCAUCAGAAACUUUGGGAGAGGAAGCUUAAAGCACAGACAGAUCAGUAAUGUCUGGCUGCUUACUAGUUCGCUUUAUGGCUCCGAAAUAUUUCUCGUUUGAUGAACAUUGUACAAAUGUAUAUAUGUAAUGAAUGUUAAUGCUCUGAAGCAUCUUUUUAUUGUAGCUACUUUGAUUUUUUUGUGUGUGUUUUUUUUUUUUUGGUUAAAUAAUGCCUUCACGUGUAAGAUGCAGACUACAACCGAGAAAAUCAGAAUUCUCUCUCUAGCUGUACGAUAUGGGUUUUCCACACCGACUUCUGUUAUCAUUUGCCUAUAUGUUAUCCAGAGAAGGAAUGUAGUGUAGGGUUGUUUCAUCAAGACAUUGUAGUUUAUAAAGUCAUUAAUAAAUGAGAGAUGUGGUAUCA